CGCAGCCACACACAUCAAGAGGUGAUUAGCUGCAGCUCCCUUUGAGGACUAAACUUUAAAAGAUAAAAUAAUUACAAUCGACGCCAGAAUUGAAAAUGUCUGAAGACGUAUGUGAUGGCAUCUCAUCUGAAGAAAAACCUGAAGUAAUGGAAAUGCCCAGCAAUGAGAUACUGCCUCACAAGUUAGUACCACAUGUUGUGGAAGCUGAGGUCUCGCAUGAGUCUUCACAUGAUGAACAUCAACAGGCUACUCAGAGUGCCAGUAAUGGACAGGAAGGAGACAUAUUUAUUAACGAAAACCCUUUGACUGAAAAAAUAAUUGAAGGUCUGCCUUCCAAUGGAGAGGCGACUGAAGACAUGCCCACUGAGUGCAUUGAGACUGUAAGCCUUGAUGCAGAACCUGAAUCUGAAGAAACACUGCAUGAACAAACCAAUCCAGCCACGGAAUCCUCAUCCAAAGGAAGUAGAUGGGGGGCUUGGGGUACUUGGGGAAAGUCUCUCCUGUCAUCAGCUUCUGCCACAGUGGGUCAUGGAAUAACAGCAGUAAAGGAAAAAGCAGGAACUACCCUAGGAAUUCAUAAUGCAAGUUCAGCAUCUUCAGAAACAGCAGAGCCUCCUGCAGCUGAAACACCAAUUAUACAAGCAGAUGAUUCUCUGGACCAAAGCUCUUCUGAGAAUAUUCCUUUUUCUUCAUCUGGAUCUCGUGGCAUGUUGUCAGCUAUCACAAAUGCAGUACAGAACACAGGGAAGAGUGUAUUAUCUGGAGGCUUGGAUGCUUUGGAAUUCAUUGGGAAGACGACUAUGAAUGUCCUUGCAGAAAGUGAUCCUGGAUUUAAGAGAACCAAAACACUGAUGGCAAGAACAGUUUCUCUAUCUCAGCUGUUGCGAGAAGCCAAAGAAAAAGAGAAACAGAGGCGGGCCCAGCAAGUUACAGUUGAAAGAACAGCACAUUAUGGACUACUUUUUGAUGAGUUCCAGGGUUUGUCUCAUCUUGAAGCUUUGGAAAUCCUGUCAAACGAAAGUGAAGCCCAGAUUCAGUCAUAUUUAGCCACACUUGAUAGAGAGCAGUUGGAGACUGUGAAAAAUGAUUUAAUUGCUAUAAAAGAGAUUUUUGUUCCAAAGGAAUCGGACAACGAAGUGGUGCAGGAACAGAAAGAUAUGGGAGAAGAGUUUGUCAGCAUGCUCACUGAACUGCUGUUUGAAUUACAUGUCGCUGCUACUCCCGACAAACUUAAUAAGGCUAGGAAAAAAGCACAUGAGUGGCUGGAAGAAGCCAGUCUUUCCACCCCAGUAGAUGUAGAAGAGAAGCUAAAAGAAAUACCUGGAGAACCUGCUGAAGAAAAGACUGAAAAAGAAGUUGACACUGAUAAACCAGAAGGAGAUAAAAACAAAACUGUGGAGAAAAUCUACAUGCUGUCGAUUGAAAGUCUGGCUGAGGUAACUGCUCGUUGUAUUGAACAGCUUCAUAAAGUAGCAGAACUAAUUCUACAUGGGCAGGAAGUAGAAAAAACAGCUCAAGAUCAAGCAAAAGUACUGACAAAUUUAACAAGCGCCAUGUGCAAUGAAGUUUCAUCUUUAUCAAAGAAGUUUUCUGAUUCUUUAACAACAGCUGGGAGCAGUAUAAAGGCAGAGUUUCUCAACCCCAUCAUUGACAGUGUGCUAUUAGAGGGCUGCAACAGUACUACUUAUAUUCAGGAUGCUUUCCAGCUAUUGCUUCCAGUUCUGCAAAUUUCACACAUCCAAACCAGUUGCUUGAAAGCACAAGAGUGACAGUUUCCCAGCAGUUGUCACCACGGGGCUUAGCAGAAACCACAGGCAUGAUAUCUUUAAUGUGUGCAGAGAGGGGAGAUGGUCUGAGAGAGGCCUGGCCACUUAGAGUCCUCUGAAGACACUAAAAGCAGUUUUGCACGUGCAAUAUUGAGCAAUAUUUUCAAGCUCUUUCAGUCUUCAAAAGUAAAUUGAGCAAUUUAUUUUCCAUUUGAGUGAAUAUCCUUUACAUUAACUUACACUGAAGUGUAUUGAUAUUAGCAUUGGUUUAAACAUGGAUUCUAAACGUUGACCCUUUCAGUUGUAGAUGAUACAUGAAGCAAAUUAGAAUGUAAAGUUUUUUAAAACAUUUCAACCCAAAUGACCAUUUCCACUGUUUGCAUCCUGUCAGUUAAAAAUGUAUAUUUCAAAACUUGGUUUCAGUGUUUAAUUUUAGCCAACAUGAACAAUUAAUUGUAGUGUUCUACUUGUUAAAUAUUAUUUACAGUAGCAAAUAAUAACUUCAUAAUAAUCUGUGCCAAUUACUUAACACUUUGUGUUGAAAGAGUUGUACAAUAAUAGUCAUUAACUUUGCUAAAUUAAAAUUAUGGAGGGUGCAGAAUUACACUGCAUGCAGAAUUAUACUCAACAUUUUCUGAGCCAAUUAAGAGUAUGGGUAAAGCUCUGUAUUUUGUGACCCACAAUUUUAUAUUUUUAUGCCUAUUUUUAAUUACAAUGGCUGAAUAACAUUGCAGGCCAAAGAAAAUUUUUUAAUAUGCAAGUAAUAUAAAAUUUCACCUUUUUUUGCAACUGAAACACUGCAAAAUAAUAUUUUCUCAGUUGUGUUGCCAGGUUGGUGCUUUGGGGGUUAAUUUGGGCUUUAAACUUUAUGAACCUUUCUAUCAAACAGAGUUACUGAUACUGACAAUUCAGAAAUAUGGGGUUUGGGUAUUGAAAGGAAGUUGUGAAAAUAAGUUACAAGACAAUUGCUUUGGGUGGGAAGGUCAUAUGUCAGAGCAAUCACCUUUUCUCUGAGGCAGUAGCUAGACAGGGCAUAACUGAGCAACAGGAAUGACAUUUCGUAGUAACACCAGCAACCCUGAUAUUUUAUCCGUAUCCUUAGCUUAAAGUCCUGAGCUGUGAACCUCAGGGUUUGUUUAGGCUGCUUUACCUCAUAGACAGGAAGAAGCUUCCAGUAUUUUAUGUAGCCUGUUCUCCUGGAUUUUGUUUAUUGCAUUUCUUUCAGCUAUUUUGUAUUUUUUAUUUCUAGAUACACUAAUGAAUUGUAUUUAAAUGCUUUUUAAUUGUAGUUAUCAUCUGACUAUGUUUAAUCAUGGAAGCAUAGUUCAUACAUCAUAACAUUAAUGAAAAAGAGCAGGAGGAAGUACUGUCCUAUUUGUCAGAAAUGACAAACCAUGUAUCAGCUUUGCACAUGGCAACUUCUGUGAGUCCAAAUAGGACAGAAAGGUGUGUUUGUGUCUUACAUUACUGUUGUCCCGGUUCUGCUGUCAUAUGCAUUGUGACUUUUCUAUGUUUAUUGUUCAGAGAUGAAAUUUUCACUAUGUCUGAAAUGAUGUUUCUUGCGCAAAAUCUAUUUUUAUGCCACUCUGUUAUUUAACAGAUUUGAAAUGUCUUUCUGGGCAAGUAGAAUGGGUACAGUCUUCAAAUCCACUUCCACAGAAGUUAGAAAAAACCUUGCAGCAAUGUGAACAAAAAUAAGGAAGCCCCUUGGCAGCUGAAAAGACAAACAAGGCUUGACGUUCAUUGGUGUUUAUGCCUGGUUGAGCAGCUAAUGUUACUACAACAUGGGAGAAGGAGGAACAGACGAAAAUGCAACUGGUAACCAGAUUUACUAUCCCAAAGCUACAACACAGCUCCCACCAACCAUUAUAUCCAUGUCAUAUCCAUGCAUUACAAAAUAAUGCUUAGUUUAUGGAAAACACUGCAUCAUACCAAAUGUUUCUCUGGCUUCUACACUUUGCGGGGAAUAAAUGUCCUCUUCCCUAGUAGUCUUCUCUGGCUGCUGGAAGAGACACACAGUGGUGCUUACUUGGACCAUGGGUCAUUCUUGUAUGUAUAGUUUGACCCAGAAGAACAGCUGCUCAGUGCAGGUUACUGAGGACCAUCUACUUGCUCCAUACACUUCAUUGUGAGCAGAUUUCAAUGUUAAAGAUCCAGACAUCAGUGAAACCAUUCAGUAGCUUGUAAAAGGCCUGUUUGUUUAAAGUGUUUUUUCUGUUGUUCUGUGCUGGCAGGCAGAAUAUAAUACCUCGUUAAAAGCUUGUUUAUUUUUCAAAUGAAGACUUCCAAGAAAAGUCUAGUGGUUUUGCCUAUCAGUCAUUA